AUGCCUACUUUGAGCUCUUUGUUGCAAAAACUGCAAGUCCCCCAUGAUGGUAAACCACUAUCAGUAUUGAGAAAUCCGGACUUAGAACCUAUCCCAUAUCAUAAGCGUAAAUGGGGAUUUUGGUCUUUUUUCGCAUAUUGGGGCCUUCCUAACUUUUCAGCUGCAACUUUCAGUAUUGGAUCUGCUACGUUAAGUUUAGGACUGAAUAUUAAACAGUCCAUCGGUGCAAUAGUGGUUAGUAAUAUUAUCAUUACUCUGUACACAUCAAUGAAUUCAAAUCCAGGUUAUAAAUAUCAUAUCGGAUACACCCUUGACCAAAGGAUGCUAUUUGGUAUAUAUGGCUCGGGAAUUGGAAUCAUAUUCCGAGUUGGUUUAUCUGUCGUGCUUUAUGGUUAUUUAUCUUGGAUGGGCGCCCUUUGUCUCAAUUUGAUAUUUAGCUCAUGGUCUAAAAGUUAUAUGAACAUGAAAAAUACCUUUCCAGAGUCCGUUCCUAUGACGCGAAGGGAUUGUAUUGCGUUUCUCAUUUUUCAAUUAAUUCAAAUGCCAUUGAGUUUUGUACAUCCCAGAAAAAUAAACAGGGCUGGUGUAUGCUGCUGCUUCAUGGCGAUGUUUUCUAUAAUUGGUAUCUUGGCUUACAUGGUCAACAAGAAUGGUGGACCGGGUCCAAUUUACUAUGAAGGUAUGGACUUGGACUCAAGUCAACGAGCUUGGAUGUGGAUUCUGGCAAUUACUGUUUGGUACAGUGGUAUUUCUCCAGUGAUGGCAAAUCAAUCGGACUAUUCACGUUAUUCAUCGAAUAAAAAGCAAAUGCACCUGGGUAUCGCUUUAGGUAUAUGCUUUGCUGGUACAUUUGCUCCUGUUGCAGGGAUGUUCAGUGCAUCUGCCUCGCAACAGCUUUACGGUGAAGCUCUAUGGCUUCCUACGGAUAUGGUCUUAAAAUGGCUAGAGGAUGACUAUUCUGCAAAAGCCCGUUGUGCAGCAUUUUUCAUAGGUUUGAGUUUCACGAGCACCCAGAUUAUUGUCAACAUGACACAAAACGGUUACGCUUGCGGUAUGGAUUUAGCUGGUAUAUUUCCUAAAUAUAUCAAUAUUACGCGGGGAACCAUAUUUGUUCAAUUGAUAUCAUGGGUUGUUCAGCCAUGGACUUUUUUCAACACAACAUCUGCAUUUUUGAAUAGCAUGACAUCAUUUGGUAUCUUCACUACUCCCAUAAUGGCAAUCAAUGUGGUGGAUUACUAUUUUGUUCGCAAAACACGAAUUGCAAUAUCUGAUUUGUUCACCCUCGACAAGAAUGGUGCAUUUUGGUUUUAUCAUGGAUUUAAUUUGAGAUCCAUUUUUGCAUUGGCGGUUGGUGUCGCUUUGGGGCUUCCUGGAUUGGUAUUUUCCGUAAACACAAGCCUCCCAAUAAAUGAAGGAAUGAACAACUUUUUUAAUGGAUACACAUUUUUUUCGGUAAUUGUCAGUGGAGUCUUGUAUUACAUAUUGGUCUUGAUAUUUCCAAUCAGGCAAAGAGUUGGUGUGGUGGACGCAAAGGAUUAUUUCAAUGCUUUCAGUCCGGAAGAAUGCCUGGAACUGAACAUGGAGCCAUACUCGGAAGAACUUGAGGAAGAAUAUAUCGGCCUGGAGCUAGGGAACGUCGGUAGUCGAACACGCCCAAAUCCCGAAGAUAUAGAAAAGAAUGAAGGAAGAUACACACCGUCUGAAACAGAGAUAGUUGUAGUAAAGAAUCUCGAAAAGAAGGAUUGA